AUGUGUCGGAACACUAAGGCCACCGUGCAAGGGUGGUUGUGGGAUGUGUUGUUGCAACCUGUUAAGAGUAAAGGGCAUCUGCUAAAUGAAGACACUAUUGAUCAUAUCAAAACAAUUAUUUCCCAAAAGGGUAGUGAUGCAUGGUGGUAUAUGAAAGUAGAAGAAUUGCUUCCUGAGAAAUAUCGUGAUAAAGCAUCAGAUUAUGUGAAAGGAACUGAUACAAUGGAUGUUUGGUUUGAUUCAGGUUUAGAUUUUGUUGAUGUCAUAGCUAAGCUAAUUAUGUUCUCUUUCUCUUUCUCCAUUUACAGAAUCAAUGAUGGGUUUGGGGAAAACCCUGUGAAACAGCCAUUUGAAUGUGAUGAUUAG